AGCAAACACAGAUGGAAUGGGGUGAAGACUGAACGUUGAACAUGUGCUAGCGGUACAUAUAGUACUUCGAGGCCCAGGCAAAACCCCUGGCACCCCUUGCAAACCUGAGACACCUGGUCAAACCUCGGCACUCUACUUUUCAUUUCUGUCGUUCUAGAAUCUAGACCCCCGACCACAGAUCUCUUGCCAAAGACUUUCUUCCCAGAACUGCGAUGUUUGCCCAAACACACCUUUCAAGCCAAUCCCCUGCUUCAAAGCAUAUAAGAUCGUCUUGUUUAGCGGUCGUCUUCGCCAGAACCAACCCUCAAUCAAAUUUACCCUAAGUGGCAGGAUUGAAACUCAUCUUAUUAUGUCUGUCCCGCUUACAGUUACUAGUAAUUGCAAUAUCUGCAACGUUCAUUGCGUCUCGAAUCAGGUGUUUGACUUACAGGUUGGAGGUCACAACCUAGUCCUCCCUAUCGUCAGUCGCCGCAACGCGAAGUUAAAGAGCUACCAGAGUCGAAUAUUCGUUGAUGAUGAUUCCUUGAUUCGGAGGGCGCAGGGUAACAAUCACCACGGUGGACAUUGCAAAUAAAUGUGGGUCCCGAGAGUUCAAGGGCAAGAUCGUCAAAUCGAUCAACACCAAAACCAGCAGAUAUGCGCAGCCAAAGAAGGAAACGAGCACAGCAAGCAGUAGAGGUUUGUGCCGAAGUGCUAUUUUGAUAGCAAUAGCCCU